AUGCAAGCCUCAUGUGUUGUUGAUCGAUACUUUCAACGACAUCUCGUUCCCGCAAUGCGUGACACGUUUGGAAUGAGUAAAGAGAAUGUUCGCAAAUUUCGUCAAAGCUACUAUAAAAUCGUGAGUCGUUAUCACAAUGAUCUCAACGCGUGUGUUUGGGCGGCUUUAGGCAAUGAUGGAUACACUCAAUCAUACCAACCGUGGAUGGCUUCAAGAGACACGAUAAUGGUUCAAAUUUUGACCGAAUCCGCAGUGCUGGUGAAGGCCGGCUGUGAGCAUUUAGUGUAUCAAGGUGGUUAUCCUGCAGCAGCUGGUGCAAAUCGCUAUCUCAUUCACACUUUCAACUCAGCGAACACUGGCCCCGCUUCCUCUUUGUCGUUCAUUCCAUCAUAUUCAGCUACCAUUUCUGUUCCUCCAAAUUGUCCAAUUUCAAUAGAUGCAGCCGAUUACAGUAAAGAUUAUUCUGGUAAGCAUGGAGUGCUGAUGAAUGUUGUGCCGAGAAAUGGUUUUGUGAUGAGUCGAGAUUAUCCGAAUAGUAUGAUCGGGAGUGGAAAUGGUGGAAUGAAUGUGAAUUUGCAGUAUGCACUCAAUUCUAGUGUUUUUGCUAAUCAAAGUGUUUACUUCAACAUUUUGGUUGAUCAAUUUUUUGAUGGCCAAGCUGGGACGCCACAAUUAAAGCUUUCAUUUGAUAAUCAAGUCGGAUAUAUAUUAAACAAAACGACCACUGGAUUCUCUCAGAAUCGAAAUGCUUCCUCAUUUCGGGUCGAAUUCACCACGUCGAAUACAACUGGAGCAAAUUUCUUGCUUCAUUUCAGCACCUCAACAACUUCAACAACUGAUUCUCCGACAAGGACAACGACAAGGACAACAAAGAAGUCACAAAUCAAACAACCAUGUAAUCAGAUGAGAUUCAAAUCGUUGAUCUCCACAAAAACCCAC